AUGAAGAGGCCAAAUGAGAAUGAAUCCAAUGAUUCUAAUGAGCUCACUAAUUCUUUUGAUAAAAAUCACUCAAUAAAUUUAAAAAAUGAAAUUAAUAUCACCACUCCUUUUAGUGAUGCUCAAAAAUCAUAUUUCAGUGACCUAAAAUUCACCUCCCUCGACAUAUCAGAACCACUCAUGAAAUCAAUCUCAGAUGCUGGUUUUACCCAAAUGACUCCUAUUCAGGCUGAGUCUAUACCCCUACUUCUAGCAGGAAAGGAUGUUUUGGGUUCUGCAAAAACAGGCUCUGGCAAAACUCUAGCGUUUCUUAUCCCAAUGAUCGACAUAUUAUACAAAGUGCAUUUUAGUCCUAGAAAUGGUACUGGCGCUCUGAUCAUAUCACCUACUAGGGAAUUGAGUUUACAAAUUUUCAAUGUGGGCAAACAAUUGUGUGAACUUCUACCCCAGACAAUUGGAUUGGUUAUUGGUGGAGCAAACAGAAAAAUGGAAGUAGAUAGGUUAAAUAAGGGAAUUAACAUUUUAGUGGCUACACCUGGUCGUCUAUUGGAUCACAUGCAAAAUACUAAAGGGUUUGUAUUUAAAAACUUAUUACUCCUCACAAUUGAUGAAGCAGAUAGAAUUUUGGAAAUUGGUUUUGAGGAGGAUAUGAACAAUAUCAUAAAAAUGCUCCCGAAAAAGCGUCAGACUUGUUUAUUUUCUGCUACAAAUACCAAUAAGGUUCAAGAUCUUGCUAGGUUGUCACUUAAUAAACCAGUUUCGGUUAAGAUUACAGACACGCCUACUGCAACUGUGUCCGGUCUGGAACAAGGAUACGUCAUUUGUGAUGCUGAAAAGAGAUUCCUUCUGUUAUUUUCCUUUCUCAAAAAAAACAGUAACAAAAAAUGUAUGGUCUUCUUCAGUACCUGCAAUUCUGUUAAAUUUCACGAUGAACUGAUGAAUUAUAUCGACCUUAAAACUACGUGUAUCCAUGGAAAAAAGAAACAGAGUAAUCGUGAAAAUACAUUUUAUUCCUUUUGCAAAUCUGAGAGCGGUAUUUUGUUAUGUACCGAUGUAGCUGCAAGAGGAUUAGAUAUACCUAAUGUUGACUGGAUUAUCCAAUAUGACCCCCCAGAUGACCCAAGGGAAUACAUUCAUCGAGUUGGUAGGACAGCUCGAGGAGCUGGUGGUAAAGGUCGAGCUAUUUUGUUUCUAAUGCCCGAGGAGAUCGAUUUUUUGCAGUAUCUAAAGUUGGCAAAUGUUACACUAAAUGAGUAUUCCUUUAACACGACUAAAAUUGCCAACAUUCAAACUCAAUUGGAGCGGUUAAUUGAAACAAACUUUUAUCUCCAUAAAUCAUCUAGGGAAGCUUACAAAUCGUAUCUACACGCCUACCUAUCGCACAGCUUGAAAGAUAUCUUCAAUGUUCAUUCAUUGGAUCUUCAGAGGGUAGCUAGAGCCUUCGGUUUUUCGGUUCCACCAACAGUAGAUUUGAAUAUUAAGCAUAAGCCGAAGAAGCAAAAAUUAAAGAUUAACAAUAAGUUCAGAGGAUCAAGUUUUGCUAAUGUUAAAGGGGAUAAUAGGCAGUUUUCAAGGUGA